UUCACCCUUAAUUCCGAUUUUGCAUUGAACCCUACGUUGUUGCCGCCUUAAACCUCCGGCGCCGGUGGCUCGCGACCAAUCGCAAAAUGGCAACCCUGCCAAGAUUCACAGCCGAGACGCUGAAGCUCGCAGCUAAACAAUCUCAGCGCUGCCACGUCGUGUCAGACCGUCUCCGCACUGCCAUAGAGAACUACCUCCGAGAGCAAGAAUUUCUCAAUAUGAGGCAGAAGGUGCUAAGCUUGUCCCGAUCGUUCACUGGAAUCAAGGAAGCGAACUUGCUCCUUCCUAGCUCAACUUCAAAGGAGCUAGUUGAAGAUCCGUUGAAGGCUAUGGAACGCUCACAGCGGUGGAAACUCUCCACUGCAUAUGGAGAUGCUGGUCUUAGAUACCAAGAAGAUCAAGCCAUAGCAUAUGUUGCUUCCCGAAUGCCUGCAGUCUACUCGGCUCUCUACCGAGUUCUCAGUGAGGUGAGAAGAAGAGUUCCUGAUUUUGCUCCAACUAAAGUACUAGAUUUUGGGGCUGGAACUGGUUCAGCACUGUGGGCGAUGAUGGAGGUUUGGCCUGGGUCUUUGGAGCAUGUUAACUUGGUGGAGCCAUCACAAUCAAUGCAAAGAGCAGGAUUAGGUCUAAUUAAAGAUUUAAAAGAAUUGCCUCAAAUCCAAAGCUAUGAUAGCCUCCAGUCACUGACUAAAAAUAUAAGCAAAAAUAAGUCUGGAAGAAAACAUGAUUUGGUCAUUGCCUCUUACGUCCUUGGAGAGAUACCAUCAUUAAAGGAUAGAAUCACUCUGGUGCGCCAGCUCUGGGAUCUCACAGAAGACAUCUUGGUUUUGGUGGAGCCUGGAACCCCCCAAGGAUCAAAAAUUAUAUCCCAAAUGCGAUCCCACAUCUUAUGGAUGGAUAAAAGGAGAACCCGGAAAUUGCAGAAUGCAGCCAAGAGAGCUUCUAAAGAUAUAAUGACACUAAAAACUGGUGCAUUUAUUGUUGCUCCCUGUCCGCAUGAUGGACCUUGUCCAUUGCAGAAUACAGAGAAAUACUGUCAUUUUGUCCAGCGCCUGGAGAGGACACCUUCUCAGCUAUUAUACAAGCGAUCCAAGGGUCCUUUACGUGGCUUUGAAGAUGAAAAGUUUUGUUAUGUUGCUUUUAGACGAGGAACAAGACCAAGAGAAGCUUGGCCUCUUGAUGGUAUGAAGUUUGAAACAUUGAAUGAGAUGCAAGCUAAUAAAAUACCGGAAAAUUUGGAAAUCGAUAUGGAGAGCCAAUUUGAUAGUGAAGAAGCCUGGAGCGACGAGUAUGAAGAAGAUGCUGACAAAAUAACUUUAAACGAUCAAAAGUUAUCAGAUGCAACUACAGUGAAUGAAAGUGGUGCUGAGGGUGUCGAGGACGACGAAGAAGAAGAAGCUAGUGCUGAUCUUGGAAGUGGCUGGGGGAGAAUUAUUUAUAUGCCUUUCAGGCGGGGCAAAAGAGUCGAGUUGGAUAUAUGCCGAUCCACCAACAGCGAGGGCACAGAGGGCUCCUUCGAUCGUGUUGUCAUUACACAAAGUAAGAACCCUAAACUGCAUCAUCAAGCCCGACGCUCAAUUUGGGGCGACUUGUGGCCGCUUAGGAGUGAGAAGAAUUCCAAAUAUUUCAUGUAGAUAUGGGAAAAAAAGUAGUCCGUGCAAUACUCUCAUGAUAUGUAAUUGGGCUGUGGUAUUGUAGAAAUUAGUAAAUGUACCAACACAUCUACAUGUAGCAAUGCACCAUAUGCAUAUUUGGACAGUUAUUUCAGCAAAUAUGUAUAUCGGCAAAGAAAUGCAGACAUAACAUGCUGCCUACAUAUUUUGGAAUUAGAUCACGGAGUUGGGAUCCUUUUACCAGGACA